CCAGUUUGACACCUGUGAUGUAGAGGGACAAAAGACGAAGAGCAGGCGGCUGAGCCAGGGUGCGAUCUCUGUUUCCAGCAGGUUUUCUAUCAGGAUUAUUCUGGUUUAAACUCCACUUGUUUCUCCAUCAACCAGGUUCUAUGCUCCAAGGAAAAGUGUCCCCUCAGCAUGAUGCUGCUACCACCAUGUUUCACAGUGGUAGUACCGAUAUUUUCAGGGUUUGACGAGCUCCUGUGCCAUCAUGUCCACAUCGGUGCAGAUAGAGCCUGUCAUGGAGAAGACCUACGGAGGAGUUGGCCGCUGCAAGUGCUCCUUCUGGUUCGCAGUGGUCCAAGACGUACUGGGCGUCCUUAUCAUCCUGGUGGGGGUGUUCAGCGGGGUGGUGAUUCACGAUGUGUUUAUCUACGGUGGGGCCAUCCUCAUCUUCCUCAGCCUGAUCUGGUGGGUGUUCUGGUACUCUGGGAACAUCGAUGUUCCACCAGAGGAGUUGGAGGACGACGUAGGCCUGAUCAAGUAUAAGAACAAGAAGCUCAGUCGGGCCGUGAGACGUGUUUCGGACCGUAUCUCCGACAGGAUUAGGAACUCUUUCAGAAAGAAAGGCCGCGAUUUUCAACAUGGGCCAUCCGGCGACCCUAGGCCUUCAAACUCAGGUACAAAUAUAGAACUUUCCACCAUAUAUGACAACCCCAAAGGCUCUUCAUCAAAAGAACUUGUGAGAGAAGCACUCUCCAUAUGAACUAAACUAAGGAACCCUGAACUUGACUCCUUAUUUUUUGCCUUUUUUGCUGCUUAUUAAAACUUUUUUUUUUGUGCUCCUAUCUGUAAAUAUAAUUUGACACUGAAGUGAUGACUGUAUAACUUCCAUGUUGUUAAUAAGAUGUGGUUCACUGAUCCACUCAGCUCUGUGCCGUCUUACUGUUUUGACAGCUGAUCAUCUGUUGUUUAUUCCCGGAGGAGGACUCUAAAAUAAGUCAAAAUGAUUGAUGAGCAAUGAGGAGGCUUCUUCUUGUCUGCAUGAGCUGUAACAGCAUCAUGUGUUCCUCGUUUUAAGUUCUCUCAAUGGACACUGCUGCUAACACCAGUUUCAUUUACAUAUUUUUCCCUUUUGCAUUAAAGCACUGAAUUAUUGCUGAUCAGAUACACUUAUUCUAAUUUAGCAAUUAAAAGGACCCAGCUUGCCUAAAGCGAUAUUGUAGUUUGUUUAUAUUCAUUGUCUGAUAUCAAAGUUGUGCAAACAUUGUGCAUUUCAUUCUUUAGAAAUUAUUUUCUGUCUUUCUCAUCUGUGUUUGAACCGUAAAUCUUUUCUACUCUGAUGGAAUAAAUUCUGCUCACAGUAAAGAGCAGUAGGCCCUAAGGGUCAAGUAUUCAGAAUAAAUGAACUGAGGAUUUUUGGUAAUUUGAAUGUGAUGCUUUGAUGGCUUCAGUAGUCCCAACAGUCUCCAGUAGGUUGUGGCAGAGAGUCUUAGCACAAUAUGGCAUUUUUCGCUGCCAGCUUCCUGCAACUCUGGCAGAUGUCAGGAUCACAGAGCUGCUUUAAUUUCCAGGAACUCUUUCUCUAAAGUCCAGAGAGAAAAACGGGACCCUGCGGUGUUCAGACAGGAGUAUAUCUACAGUGGAUUUCACAAUGCCAUUAUGAGACCAUGUGAAUGACAUAUGAUGUAACUUUUCAGUUUAACUGAAAAACAAAGAUCUCUGUUAGGAAAAAUAAAAAAAAAUGUAAAUCCCUUUAUUGUCCCACAAUGUGGAAAUUCACUGUCUGCAUUUUGGGCUGCCAUUGUGUGGCCUCUGGGGAGCAGGAUGGGGUAAAGGGUUUUGCUCAGGGACCCAGAGUGUAGGCUGUGGGGAUCAAAACGGGUACUUGCAACCUACUCAGAGCACAAGCAACUUGCUCUAAACGCUAAGAAGACACUCCCAUAUGUGUUCAAACUCUGAAAUCCUUACUUUUUCAAGCAUCCUCUCAUUUAAUGUCUGGAUUCAGGACUCUGGAUUGUGGGCCUGCUUCACCUCUCGAUGGAAAAUUUUUUUUAUCAAUUGUGGACUGGAUUAAAACAAUGUCUUAUUCAUAAGACUUUACACAAAAUAUGUCAAACAACAUUAAAAUGCCUUAUUUACAUCCUUAUUUAUUAAUCCAUUUGCUUUCCAACUGGCUAUUUUACUUCUUCAUCUAUUUGAUAUUUAUGAGGAGUUAGAUGUCAGCAUAAAUGUGACUUCCCUUUUUGUAUAGAAUGCUUUUAUUUGGUAAAAGAACCAAGAUAAUAUAGAGAAACAAAGUUUAGGUAAACCGAACAAGACAAAUACAGCUCCUGCUUUUGGCACAGCUGAUGAAGGAGGAAGAUCGAGGAGCUUCGAAUGUAAAUUAAUCCCAGAAUCAGGGUGGAUCCAUUCAGUCAUUCCCUCUGUUUUCAGAACCAGCCUGGAAUGUGAGAAUGUCUGUGAGCUGUAAUCAAAAGCAGAAAUGAGAUGGUUGCAUACAGAACUACAGGCUCCCUUAAAAAGUUAACAGCUUAACAGAACUUUUUGUAAAUACAGCCUUCACCUCUUUAUGGCUUCCUCCUAUGGAUAUAGAGUGUGUGUUGUUUAUCUUGUCUAGAGUGAGGAUUUAUCCGUAUAUAUUUUUCUUGGAUUUUUUACAGUUCUUUCAAAAUGUUUGUUAAAAUUAUUUUCUUUUUCUUUACUUUAUUGUUUGUACG